AUGGCGUCUUUCAGCGCGUGUGCAUUACAGUGGUACCAGCACGCUGAACAGAUCGCUGGCAGUAAAGAGGUUCUUGACCGGCCUUCCAACAGCAGAACGUCCGCCGUGCAGUCGCGGGAAACUGCGCGCAUCCUUUACGCUUCAUGGGAGCAGCUGCAGCUUGUUAGCUUUAAUGUGGACUCUUUGCUCCUUUCCUUCUAGGACUGUCCUUUUAUAGUGUGUAUGACCUACGCCUUCCACACCCCUGACAAACUCUGUUUCAUUCUGGACCUGAUGAAUGGAGGAGAUUUGCACUACCACCUCUCCCAGCACGGAGUGUUUUCUGAAAAAGAAAUGAGGUUUUAUGCUACUGAAAUCAUCCUGGGUUUAGAGCACAUGCACAAUCGCUUUGUUGUAUACAGAGACCUAAAGCCUGCAAAUAUCUUGUUGGAUGAACACGGGCACGUGAGGAUAUCAGACCUUGGGCUGGCUUGUGAUUUUUCCAAAAAGAAGCCACAUGCUAGCGUAGGUACCCAUGGAUACAUGGCUCCAGAGGUGCUCCAGAAGGGAACAGCAUACGAUAGCAGUGCAGACUGGUUCUCGUUAGGCUGCAUGCUUUUCAAACUUCUGAGAGGUCACAGUCCUUUCAGACAGCACAAAACCAAAGAUAAGCACGAGAUCGACCGGAUGACGCUCACCGUGAACGUUGAGCUACCAGAUUCAUUUUCUCCUGAACUGAAGUCCCUUUUGGAAGGGCUCCUGCAACGGGAUGUUAGCAAGAGACUUGGAUGCCAAGGAAGAAGUGCGCAAGAAGUAAAAGAACAUCCUUUCUUCAAAGGCAUUGAUUGGCAGCAAGUCUAUUUACAAAAGUAUCCUCCACCCUUGAUUCCUCCCCGGGGAGAAGUAAAUGCGGCAGAUGCUUUUGAUAUUGGGUCAUUCGAUGAAGAGGACACUAAAGGCAUUAAG